AUGGAGGAAGAGCGAGUUAUCAGAGCUGCAAUGGUCAUCCAGAAUUGGUACCGAGCUUACAGUGCUCGUUUGAAGACCAGACAACGUUAUGCCCUUACCAUCUUCCGGUCUCUUGAAUAUGCUGAUGAGCAAGGUCAAAUGCAGCUAUCCAACUUUUUUGCCUUCAUGCUGGAAAAUUUUGCAAAUACACCUGAAAAAGAUCCAGAAUUAGUUCAUCGUCUUUUUCGUACUAACCCUCAAGAUAGGGAUAGAGAGGACUAUGUGAAGAUGAUAGAUGUCCCUGACUCCUAUACUGGUCCCAGACUGCAGUUCCCACUCACUUUUACUGAUAUUCAUUUACUUCUUGAGGGCUUCAAGCAACAACAGAUACUUCAUGCUCAUUAUGUCUUAGCGGUGCUAUUUGAGGCCAAGAAAGUCUUGAUGCAAAUGCCGAAUAUCUCUCACAUAAAGACUUCUCCCUCCAUAGAGAUAACGAUCUGUGGUGAUUUACAUGGAAAACUGGAUGAUCUUUUGUUGAUCUUCUAUAAGAAUGGUCUCCCCUCAACAGAAAAUCCAUAUGUUUUCAAUGGCGAUUUUGUAGAUCGAGGGAAAAACUCCAUAGAGAUCCUGAUGAUCUUGUUAGUGACUUUGCUUGUCUAUCCCAAUGACUUGCACUUGAACAGAGGGAACCAUGAAGAUUUUCUGAUGAACCUGAGAUAUGGCUUCACAAAAGAAAUUAUGCAAAAAUAUAAGCUAUAUGGAGGGAAGAUCUUGAAAAUAUUAGAAGAAGUCUAUCCCUGGAUCCCAAUUGCCACAAUAAUUGACAAUGAAAUUCUCGUCAUACAUGGCGGGCUGUCCGAGUCCACGGACUUGAAUUUACUCCACCGUAUAGAAAGAAAUAAAGUGAAAUCUGUGCUAAUGCCACCUAUUCAGACAGAUGAAGACUUUCCUCUUGAGUUUAUGACAGAUAAAAGCAAGAGAGAGAGGUCAAGUAUAACUCUUUCUGAACAGUUAUUACAGCAAGAAUGGGAUCAGGUAAUUGAUCUUCUGUGGAGUGAUCCCAGAGGCAAAAGAGGCUGUUUCCCAAAUACAAGUCGAGGAGGUGGUUGCUAUUUCGGACCAGAUGUUACCACCAAGAUUUUAAAAAAAUAUAAUUUGAAGAUGCUUGUUAGAUCUCAUGAAUGUAAGCCUGAUGGUUACGAUAUCUGCCAUGAUGGGAAGGUUAUUACCAUAUUUUCUGCAUCUAAUUAUUAUGAAGAAGGUAGCAAUCGAGGAGCUUACAUGAAAGUGGGCCAUAAUGUACUCCCUAGAUUUGUCCAGUAUCAAGUAACCAAGUCAACGUGCCCAAGGUCUCUCUGCCAAAGGGUGAGUACUUUUGAAAGCAGUGCCAUCAGGAUAUUAAAAGAAAAAAUAAUAUCACGAAAAACUGACCUCAUUCAUGCUUUUGAACUUCAUGACCGCAGUAAAUCAGGAAAAGUUUCUCUGAGCCAGUGGGCAUUUUCUAUGGAGAGCAUUUUGGGACUGAACUUGCCUUGGAGAUCCCUGAGCACUCACCUGGUAAACACAGACACAGAUGGAAAUAUUGACUACUUGUCCAGCUUCCAGGAUGUCCAAAUUGAAAAACCUGUGGAAGAGGUCCAUUCUUCUCUCAUUGAGACUCUCUACCGAUACCGAUCUGACCUGUACAUUAUAUUUAACAUCAUUGACACUGAUCGCUCAGGGUUGAUCUCCGUGGAUGAAUUCCGUGCCAUGUGGAAACUUUUCAAAACUCACUACAGUGUUCAGGUUGAUGACUCUCAAGUUGACGACCUUGCUGACAAGAUGGACUUGAACAAAGAUGGAAGCAUUGACUUUAAUGAGUUUUUAAAGGCUUUCCAUGUAGUGCAUAAAUUUGAUACAAUGCAUAAAUCAGACACCUACCUUGCUUCCCAAGAAUGA